AUGGUGGAGAACACAUGCGCGAAGCUGACGGCGCGCUACGUGGAGUACGGUGUCAGCUUUGCAGAGGACAACGACCAUCUCACUGCGUUCCAUGAAAAACGCACGCAUCCCUCCCGCCGUGAAGUCAAACUGGAGGGGAUGGACAGCAAAGGCAACGCCGUCACUCACACCUUCUUGUUGCACGAGCUGCCAAUCCUAUGCGUGAAAUCACCACCGGGUUUGGAAUCGUGUGUGCGACUUGCCACCAAAUUUGCGAAGGAAGUGGUUGGCCGCCUCAAGUUCCGGUUUAAGAGCUUGGCGACCUUGAUUGGUUCUAAGCUCUUUCUGCCUGACGCCUAUCCAGAUGGUGCUGCAAAGCGUGAUCGCGUCACUAGGGAGUGGUUCCGUUCCCUUCGCACGCUCUUCAAUGGCGAUAACUGUGCUUUGCCUGGCCCCUCGCGGCCCCUUCGCGGCCCCGUCGCCGCCCCUAUCGGCCCCGUCGACGCCGCCAGUGGCCCCGUCGCCGACCCUAGCGGCCCCGUCGUCGCUCCUAUCGGCCCCGUCGCCGCCGCCAGCGGCCCCGUCGCCGCCGCCAGCGGCCCCAUUGCCGAACCUAGCGGCCACGUCGCGGCUCCUAUCGGCCACGUCGCCGCAGAUAGUGGCCCCGUCGUCGCCGCCAGCGGCCCCGUCGCCGACCCUAUCGGCCCCGUCGCCGCCAGCGGCCCCGUCACCGACCCUAUCGGCCCCGUCGCCGCCAGCGGCCCCGUCGCCGACCCUAGCGGCCCCGUCGCCGCCCCUAUCGGCCCCGUCCCCGCCACUUACGGCCACAUCGCCGCCCCUAUCGGCCCCGUUGCCGCCUCCAGCGGCCCCGACGCUGCCACUUGCGGCCCCGGCCCCGCCCCGGCCAUGCUCCGUCGCCAGCCGCGGCGCACCGGGGGCACGUGCACCGCCCCCCCCCCCCCCCUUUUCCCGUCGCCCGUCGCGGCUCCUUCGGGGGCCACCUGGGGGGGGGGGGGGGGCGAGCGUCGCCCCUUCUGCCGCCUGCUUUGGCGCCCUGGGAGGCCGCGCGUCGCCCCCCCCCCCCCCACCCCCUUCCCCCCCCGUAACCUCCCUACCCGCCAUCCCGUCCUGCCCUCUGUUAGGGUUUGGGGGUGGCGAGUAGGGGGUGGCGGGUGUGUGGUCUCCCCUACUCCUCCUCCUCAUCUGUCUCCCACUGCUGCAGCUGCCGCUGAGGGGGGUGGGUGUGUGGGAGUCGACGGAGUGGUGCUAGGGGGUGGGGUGUGA